AUGCCUUUUGGAAAUUUCUGGUUGGCCGUUCUGGCCCUUAUCUUUCUUCCCUUAGCUGAAAGCCUUCAUGUAACCCCGGACAUUGCAGAUGAACAGCUACGCAAUGUCUACGACUACAUCAUCGUUGGAGGUGGCACUGCAGGUCUGACCGUAGCCAAUCGCCUCUCCGAAAACCCAGCAGUUCUCGAAGCUGGUCCUUUGGAUGACGCAAGAAACCUUUCGAUUCCUGGAGGUCUUCUUCCUGUCCCGGGCACAAUCGGGUCAGGUGGAUGGCAAAAAUACCAAUGGGGGUUGUCCACUGAGCCCCAAACCUAUCUCAACAAUCAGAACGUGGGAAUUCCUCAAGGAAAGGCUGUUGGUGGCAGUUCCAUCCUCAAUGGCCUCUGUUGGUCUAGAGGCUCAGUGUCUGAUUAUGAUGGUUGGGAAAAGUUGGGUAACAAGGGUUGGUCUUGGAAUGACCUACUUCCAUACUUCAAAAAGUCUGAGAAGUUUACCUUCAAUGUUGAGCCUCAUGACGCUGAGGAACUUCACAUUCGUCCUCAAUCAGCUGAGCAUGGGUACAAUGGCUCAGUGCACGUCUCCUACCCUCAGUAUUUCUAUGACCAAUCCUCCAACGUUCUGGACGGCUUUGCGGAGCUAGGCCUGCCCAUCAUUGGCGAUGUGAACAAUGGGACAGCCGCAGGGGCCAUGAUACUCCCCUCAAGCAUGCAUCAUGAUAGUCAGACGAGGUUCGAUGCCAGAGAAGCUCACUUUAACUCGGCAUCUUCGAGCAACAGUGGACACAACUCGAGUCAGAGAGUUAUGGGAGUCGAGUUCGCCCCAAACAACAAAUCCAAGGCGAGAUCAAUUUCUUGUACCCGAGAGGUAAUUGUUUCGGCUGGUGCGAUCUUUACUCCCACUUUACUUCAGGUAUCGGGGAUUGGGCCGUCAGAUGUUCUCAAGUCGCUCGAUAUUCCUGUCAAGAUUGACCUUCCUGGCGUUGGAUAUAAUCUUCAGGACCAUCCCAUGAUUUAUGCCAACUACUACUACCGCAAUGGAUCAUAUUUCACGAGUGGUGAGAUAACCGACGAUGUGUAUGAUGAAGUUGCCGAGGAGUACAUACGGAGCAGAACAGGUAGUACACAUUUCUGGAAGAGAUUUGCAUUCCCGAGCCUUCGAUCUGCAACAGAUGACUGGAAACAGUUCAUGAACAAGAGUUCGGGGGAUGGUAUUCCCUCAAAUACCCCCAACUCUGUGAAGAAGGGCUACGAAGUCCAGAAAAAGAUUCUCCAAGACCAAAUACUCAGCAAUGAUACAGGAAUCUUUGAGACCAUGGCCAACUCAUAG